UGUCCUUGUCUCCACUCAACCUGAUCACCACAACGAACUCAGUGUCGAUCACAUUCCACACGCUGUUGACCCUCUCCGACAAGACUGGACUUGGACUGGAACAACCAAUGUACUCGCCUAGUCGUCCGACUUCCACCAGCCCAAGCACGCCGUCUUCGGGACCCUCACGCGGACACACUCUGUCCCAACCACAGCAGCACCAAGUACAGGCUGCCAUCCCAACCCCUAGCGCCAACAUGCCAGAGCCUGUCGCACAACUCGGGUCCCAACUUUCAGACAUACAGCAGCAGUCAUUACAGCAACCGUCGCAGUCUGUACCUAUACUCAAUUCUAUCAAUCGCGUCUCACGGACGUAUUACAGCAAACAGGACCAGGUCACCAUAUAUGUCGCUCGUCACCCUGGCAUCAGUCUACAUCGGCAGACAGACAUGAGGAGAGAGUUAUGUGAAGUCAUUGCAGCUAUCGGCAAGCGGAUUGGAUUUCCUCAGCACACCAUCAGCACAGCACAACUUUUACUUCAUCGCUUCUACAUGUUCAACUCUGUACCGGAUGCAGGAAGCGAGGUCGUGAUGGCAUGCCUUUUUGUCUCAUCCAAGGUCGAAGACACGAUCAAGAAGCUGAAAGAUAUCAUGAUGGUGAACUACAGCUAUCGACAUCCACAUGCGACGGACUGGGACCCUGAAAGCAAAGAAGGGGAGGAGCAACGGAAGCGGGUUCUUUCAUACGAGAAAAUGGUUCUAGAAUCGAUCUGUUUUGAUUUUCGCAUCAUCCACCCAUACAAAUAUAUCAUCAAGUUUGUCAGAAUUAUGAAUGGUUCGCAACGUUUGGCACGGCAUGCAUGGGACAUUGCACGGGAUAGCUACAAGAUAGGAGUCUGUCUUGAAUAUCCACCCCACACAAUAGCUGCAGGGUCAAUCUAUCUGGCCUCGAAGCUAAUUGACGAACCAUUCCCAGACCUUGUGCGAGGUGAACCAUGGAUGAAAACCUUCAGGACACGGUCGAUUGAUGUUGAGGACUAUAGUCAUCAGAUGCUGGACCUUCUUUCUAUAGGGCGGUCGGAUGCGCAACGACAACAAUACGAUAGGAUUCAUAUCACGCUCAAUGAUGCGCGUCAACUGGACAUCGAGCAUCAGCAACCAAAACUCAAGAGGGCCCGGAUGGAUUUUUCCCGGCCCACGGGUGUGCAGGCAGAGCUGGAGAGGAUACAGGAUGGAGGAGCAUCGAAUCCAACUGUUCGAUAUAGCCAAUCCUAGUUCAAAUAAACGGACAAGGCAUUAUGAAGAGCGAUUUUAUGAACCGCGAAAGAACGUGUCGGACAAAGGUGCCAUUCCCCGCGGCGUCUUUCCCCUCGGCUCAUUCUUCAGCUCUUUCCUCUGGCCUAUUACUCUGACC